CUAUAAAUACCAUUUUCCUCUCUCUUAAUUUCUCCCCAACAAAAUCCUUUCUCUCUCUCUCUUCAUUUUCAAAUCCUCUGCAAAAACCCAACUCUUGCUCUGUUUUCUCUGUAAUCAAUGGACGCGAUUCUGAAGAAACAACGCCGUCAUCUAUUGCCCAACUCGGCUCACCCGGCGGCCAUGGCGCUUCACACAGCUUCUCACUCCAUUUCAAAGCCCAAACCCAAGAUUCGUAUCAUUCACAUCUUCGCACCGGAGAUCAUUAAAACCGACGUCGCCAAUUUCAGAGAGCUCGUUCAGAGACUCACCGGAAAGCCCGCCACCGCGGAGGAGAAGAUUCUUCCAGAAGAAAUUCAGCCGGAAACGGUGGCGGUGGCGAGUAUUGCGGCGGCGUUCGAUGAUCGGAAGACGGAGAUGGGCGGCAGCGGGGGGUGCCGGAGAGUGGUGAAGAAGGAAGACCGGGAAGAGGACGAGGAGGAAGGAGAAGAUGAAGAAGAGGUGUUAAACGACGUCGUUGGGAUGUGGAACGACGUCGUUGGAUUUGAAAGUUUUAUUGAAGAAUUGGGUGAAUUUCCGUUGCUUCCUUCGGCUCAUCAAAUAAUGCAUGGUUUUGAAGAAACUCAAUUUGCUUAAUUUUUUUUUCUCUCUCUUUUUUUUUUUUUUUUUUUUUUUUUUUACUAAUUAGUCUCCAAUUUUCUGUGGUUAAUUAUUAUUACCGUAAC